GCUAGAGGAAGACCUCCAGAAGCUCCCCGCGCAGCGCGGCUGUGUUUGAGGCCUGUGCGAGUAGUCGCUUCGGGAACAGUCUCCAGGGCGAGUGGCGGGCAGAAACCUCGAACCGGUGAAGCCAACUUGUAACCUGGAGUUCAGAGGCCGUGAAGACACUCCCGUUUUCACUGCGGCGGAUUGUGGAGAACCUUGGAGCUCCACCCAUUUACUGUGUGCUCCUUUGGACAAGUUAGCUUCUUCAUCUGUAAAGAGAAUAACAAAUCUACACCAGACUGCUGCAGUAAGAAUGUCUUUUCCCCCUCAUUUGAACCGCCCUCCCAUGGGAAUCCCGGCACUCCCUCCAGGGAUCCCACCCCCACAGUUUCCUGGCUUUCCUCCACCUGUCCCUCCAGGAACUCCAAUGAUUCCUGUACCAAUGAGCAUAAUGGCUCCUGCUCCAACUGUCUUGGUACCCACCGUGUCCAUGGUUGGAAAGCAUUUGGGAGCACGAAAGGAUCAUCCAGGCUUAAAGGUUAAAGAAAAUGAUGAAAAUUGUGGUCCCACUACCACAGUUUUUGUUGGCAACAUUUCUGAGAAAGCCUCUGACAUGCUUAUUCGGCAGCUCUUAGCUAAAUGUGGUUUGGUUUUGAGCUGGAAGAGAGUACAAGGUGCUUCUGGUAAGCUUCAAGCCUUUGGAUUCUGUGAAUAUAAAGAGCCUGAAUCUACCCUUCGUGCGCUCAGAUUAUUGCAUGACCUGCAGAUUGGAGAGAAGAAACUACUGGUAAAAGUUGAUGCAAAGACAAAGGCACAACUGGAUGAAUGGAAAGCAAAGAAGAAAGCUUCUAAUGGGAAUGCCAGGCCAGAAACCGUCACUAAUGAUGAUGAAGAAGCCUUAGAUGAAGAAACAAAGAGACGAGAUCAGAUGAUUAAAGGGGCCAUUGAAGUUUUAAUACGUGAAUACUCCAGUGAGCUAAAUGCCCCUUCGCAGGAAUCUGACUCUCACCCCAGAAAGAAGAAGAAGGAAAAGAAGGAGGACAUUUUCCGCAGAUUUCCAGUGGCUCCACUGAUCCCUUAUCCACUCAUCACUAAGGAGGAUAUAAAUGCUAUAGAAAUGGAAGAAGACAAAAGAGACCUGAUAUCUCGUGAGAUCAGCAAAUUCAGAGAUACACACAAGAAACUGGAAGAAGAGAAAGGCAAAAAGGAAAAAGAAAGACAGGAAAUUGAGAAAGAACGGAGAGAAAGAGAGAGGGAGCGUGAAAGGGAACGAGAAAGGCGAGAACGGGAACGAGAAAGGGAAAGAGAACGUGAACGAGAAAAGGAGAAGGAACGGGAGCGGGAACGAGAACGGGAUAGGGACCGUGACCGAACAAAAGAGAGAGACCGAGAUCGGGAUCGAGAGAGAGAUCGGGACCGGGAUCGGGAAAGGAGCUCAGAUCGAAAUAAGGAUCGAAGUCGGUCAAGAGAAAAGAGCAGAGACCGAGAAAGGGAACGAGAGCGAGAACGAGAGCGAGAGCGAGAACGAGAGCGAGAACGAGAACGGGAGAGAGAGAGAGAACGAGAAAGAGAACGGGAAAGGGAAAGAGAGAAAGACAAGAAAAGAGACCGAGAAGAGGAUGAAGAAGAUGUAUAUGAACGAAGAAAGCUUGAAAGAAAACUCAGAGAGAAAGAAGCUGCUUAUCAAGAGCGCCUUAAAAACUGGGAAAUCAGAGAAAGGAAGAAAACCAGGGAAUAUGAGAAAGAGGCUGAAAGAGAAGAAGAAAGAAGAAGAGAAAUGGCUAAAGAGGCUAAGCGACUAAAAGAAUUUUUAGAAGACUAUGAUGAUGAUCGAGAUGAUCCCAAAUAUUACAGGGGGAGUGCUCUUCAGAAAAGAUUACGUGAUAGGGAAAAGGAAAUGGAAGCAGAUGAACGAGAUAGGAAGAGAGAAAAAGAAGAGCUUGAGGAAAUCAGGCAACGCCUUCUGGCAGAAGGACACCCAGAUCCGGAUGCAGAGCUCCAGCGGAUGGAACAAGAAGCUGAGAGGCGUAGACAGCCACAAAUAAAACAAGAGCCAGAAUCAGAGGAAGAAGAAGAAGAAAAACAAGAAAAAGAAGAAAAACGAGAAGAACCAGUGGAAGAAGAGGAGGAGCCAGAACAAAAGCCUUGUCUCAAGCCUACUCUAAGGCCCAUCAGCUCUGCACCAUCUGUUUCCUCUGCCAGUGGCAAUGCAACCCCCAACACUCCUGGGGAUGAGUCUCCCUGUGGUAUUAUUAUUCCUCAUGAAAACUCACCAGAUCAACAGCAACCUGAGGAACAUAGGCCAAAAAUAGGACUAAGUCUUAAACUGGGUGCUUCUAAUAGUCCUGGGCAACCUAAUUCUGUGAAGAGAAAGAAACUGCCUGUAGAUAGUGUCUUUAACAAAUUUGAGGACGAAGACAGUGAUGAUGUGCCCCGGAAAAGGAAACUGGUUCCUUUGGAUUAUGGUGAAGAUGAUAAAAAUGCUGCCAAAGGCACUGUGAACACUGAAGAAAAGCGGAAACACAUAAAGAGUCUCAUUGAGAAAAUCCCUACAGCCAAACCUGAGCUCUUUGCUUAUCCUCUGGAUUGGUCUAUUGUGGACUCUAUAUUGAUGGAACGACGAAUUAGACCUUGGAUCAAUAAGAAAAUCAUAGAAUAUAUAGGUGAAGAAGAGGCUACAUUAGUUGAUUUUGUUUGUUCUAAGGUUAUGGCUCAUAGUUCACCUCAGAGCAUUUUAGAUGAUGUUGCCAUGGUACUUGAUGAAGAAGCAGAAGUUUUUAUAGUCAAAAUGUGGCGGUUAUUGAUAUAUGAAACUGAAGCCAAGAAAAUUGGUCUUGUGAAGUAAAAUGCUUGGUUUUAGAGUUCCAUUUCAGAUUUCUUGUUUCCCAGCCUUCAGAGGACUUUGAAUUUUUCUUUGUUCUUCAAAGACAUUUGUGAGAUCUGUAAUUUUUUCAAUGUAGAAAAUGUGAAUUUUUUUGUCCUCUAAUUUGUUGAUGCCCUGUGUACUCCCUUGGUUGUAAAGUCAUCAGAAUCCCUGGUUCUCUUUAUACUCACCAGGUACAAAUGACUGGUAUGUUUUAUAAGCUGCAGCUACUGUACACCGCCUAAUAGAAUCUUGUUCUGCUGAUUUGUUCCUUGUAAAUAUUAAAAUGACUCCCUAAUUCUU